AUGACUCGUACUAACACCACAGAAAUCACCAACUCGCUCGUGUUGGUGGCCAAAUCGGCCAAUUCUUUCGAUAACCGUUACGUGUCCAAGGCAUUCCGUGACUUGGGUGCAUUGAGACGUCGACUUACAGCGCCCGCGUUGGCGGCGGUUGUCGCGCGCACGUAUCCCGUGGGCGCCACCAAGACAUAUCUCGCUGCGGUUGUGGGCGAAGGCGACGUCGACAUGGAGGCCGAAGAAGCUUCCGAGCCGUUACCUGAGGUUGAUGCGUACGUUCAUCUUUUGGUUCAGCUCUACUUGUUGGACACGGGUGCGCUUGCGGCGUUGGAUGCUUUCAACGUGCACGUCGUCGCGCAGUUGCGCGCGCACAACCGCCGCACGCUCGACUUGAUCGCAGCAAAGAUCUGGUUCUACGUGGCCAGAACGUAUGAGCUCCGCCGUGACUUUGUCUCCGUUAGACCAGCUCUCCAGACGGCGUUGCGGACGGCGACGUUGAGACACGACGACGAGACGCGUGCGGCACUCAUCACGUUGUUGUUGCGCAACUACCUCUUGACACACGACGUGGAGCAGGCGGCAAACCUUGUGGGCAAAUUGGAGUUCCCCGAGGCCCUGGCGUCGAAUGCGCUCGUCGCGCGCUACUUCUACUACCUCGCGCGUAUCCACGCGGUGCAGCUCGACUACUCGCGCGCGCACGAGUACGUGACUGCGGCAAUGCGCAAGGCACCUCAGAGCGUGCAGACUGUUGGUUUCCAGCAGGCUGCAACCAAACUCAACGUGGUGAUCGAGUUGUUGAUGGGAGACAUUCCCGAGGCACGCACGUUCACGGCUGAUGCGGCGUUGGAGAGAUCACUUGCGCCGUACCUCACAGUGACGCGCGCGGUGCGCUUGGGUGACUUGCAGCUCUUUGAGGAGUGUGUGGCGCAGCAUGCCGCGACGUUCCAGCGCGAUGCGACGCACAACUUGGUGAUGCGUUUGAGACAGAACGUGAUCAAGACCGGGAUCCGCAUCAUUUCCUUGUCGUACUCCAAAAUCUCGCUCCGCGAUAUCUGCAUUAAGUUGCAGCUUGACUCCGAGGAGUCCACCGAGUACAUUGUCGCCAAGGCCAUCCGCGACGGCGUUAUUGACGCCACCAUCGAUGUUCAGGGUUUCAUGGCGUCUAAAGAGAUCGUCGACGUGUACGCCACCACGCAGCCGCAGGCCGCGUUCGACGCCAGAAUCAAGUUUUGCAAUCUGGUCCACAACGACAUGGUCAAGGCCAUGAGAUACCCGACGAGUACCAACCGUGUCGACUUGAAGGCGCACUUGGAGGCCAGUGACAAGGAGAGCCAAUUGUUGAAGGCCUUGCAGGACGGCGAUUUGGAUGAUGGGUUUUUCUAA